AAAGCGCGCGCGCCAAGGAAGAGCUGGCCACGCAGGAGAAGACGGCGGCUGCUAGCCGAAGGCGGCCUUCCCUUUGCCAGCAGCCAUUGGGAUUCAGACACAAACCAAAAUCUGAGAGCCAAAGCAAUCCCGCUCUAUGGACAAAGCGGUUUGCUUACUGAUUGUUAUACAGUGCGCAUUUCAGAUAUCUGGUGGCCUGAAGUGUGGUCAAGUAAAGAAGCCAUCUAGAGCUGUUUUCUUGGAGUGGUCUGAGUUUCCGAAAGGGAGGAAUCCAGAUUUUUAUGUUGUAACAUAUCACCUCACUGAUGACUUGGCUCAAAAAAAUGUGAAAAGUGUUUCCACAACUCAACUAAAAGCACAAAAUGUUACAAUUCUGCUUGAAGAAGGGAAGAAAUAUGAUGUGAUGGUGCAGUCACUGAAGAAUGGGAAAAUUCUACAUGCACAAUCAUUCAAGACAUGUGGAAUUUCAGACAUUGUCAAAACACACGUGACAAGUACUAGUGCAUUGUUUAGCUGGAAUAUUCUAGCUAACGAUUUUUCUGUUGAAAUUUCAUGUAAUAACAUUUCUCGGAUGUUUAAGCAUAAUGAGGUCUUCUAUGAAUGGACAGAUCUGAGACCUGCAACUUUGUACACUUUUAGUUUUAAAUUUAAACAGCUUCACUUGGAUUUUGUUAAUGUGUCUCAGAUGCUGGAUGUUCACAUUGAAACAGGUUUGUGUUCAGAUGGUUGGACAGCUUUCAAGCAUGGCUGCUAUAAAGUAAGUAAAGAAAGCAAGCCUUGGAGUGUGGCACAACAGAGCUGUGAAUUAUUUUCAAGUGGGGCACGUCUUGUUGAUAUAAAGAAUAAAGAAGAACAUGCAUUUCUUACUUCUUAUCUGCGGUCAUUCAGUCAUGUAAUCAUGCUAUGGACAGGUCUCAAUGACAUCAAGGAAGAAGGACAUCUCUCAUGGACAGAUGACUCCCCAUAUUUUGGACAAUCUGAGUUCUCUUCUCUGCCAAUGAUCCCAGAAAAUGAAACUGAUUGUUAUGCAUUUCAGCGAAAUUCUAGUGGUCCAAAUUACUUUUUCAUGCCUUUCUUCUGCUAUAUCCCAUUGCCCUAUAUUUGCAAAUAUGAAUUGUCCUCUGUUCCUGAAAACUUCACAUUUAAGGUGCAGGAUUUUGGCACAGAUGAAGCAGCACUUUUUUGGAGCAGUUUGAUUGGCUGGUUUACUUCAGACUUUCAGCUCAGUAUUAAAUACUACUUUGAACUUUCAGAACAACAUUCUGAAACUUUUACUCUAAAUUCAACGCAAACAAAAAUUUUGAAAUUGUGCCCUGGUCGUUUGUAUAAUUUUUUAUUAUCAGCAAGAAGCCCUGAAGGGGCACAUAUUAGCUUACACCCAGUGAGGAUGCUAGAGACAAGGCCAUUACAUUUACUCAAUGUAAAGGCAACGCGAGUGACAUCAUCAGAAAUAGUUUUGCAAUGGGAUUAUCCAAUGAGCCCAUGUAAUGCAUCCUUUCAUAACUACCUAAUUAGCAUCUUAGAGAGUGGAACAACAAGGUGGGAAGCCAUUCCAUUUGGAAAAAGUAACACUUCUGCUGUAAUUGGAAAUCUCAAGCCAUACCAUCAGUAUCAGCUACAGAUUCAAAGUGUAGCUGAAAAGGGAACUCUAAGCUGCUACGAGGAUCCUAUGUUAAUAGUAACAGGUGUCAGCCCACCUAUGAAUGUAUUCAUCUAUCCAGAAGAUAUAGGAGAGGACCAUGUAAUUAUCUACUGGAAACUGCCACAAGAGGGCCAGGAAUCCUAUAUCCAAGCAAGACCAUCUGCAGUUGAGGAUAAAAACAUGGUGUUCUUAGUAAACAAUACAGAGAGUUUUAAAAUUGAACUCCUAAUACCUGGAAUGACUUAUGAAAUAGGAGUGGCUACAGUAACAAAUGGAAACAAGAGUGAUCUAAAUAGCAUUCAAUGCACUCUUAAACCCAAACCAGUACAGAUUGUCAUCCCCUAUGAAGUUCAAAGUCAUUCUGUGGUUUUAUUUGUUCAAAUGCCUGCUGUUGGAGUCUUUGAUGGCUUACACGUCAUGAGUAAAAGAGGCCCUAAUGCAACUACAACUUUGUCAACUGAUGGGAAAGUAACUAUAGAGAAUUUAAUCCCGGGCACGGAAUAUGAUUUUUUUGUUUCCACUACAAGUGGAUCUAUGUUAAGUUCUGUAUACCACCUGCCAGCUAUAAGAACAUGCCUUGCAGUUCCACUAAAUGUACAUGAAGGCAGAGUUACAGAUAUUUCAAUACAGAUUAUUUGGGACAGAGCAGAUGGAAACUUUCAGCAGUAUGAAGUCACAUGCAUAAACUAUGCAGGUAUUUUCAUGGUCCAAAAAGUCACAAAAGAAUUAGCAGAAUUUUCCAGUCUGAUCCCUGGCUCACUAUAUAACUUCACAGUUAAAACUGAAAAAGAAGGAUAUAAAGACAGCCUUCCUGUGAGCAUACAAAUAGAGACAGUGCCAAGCUCAGUUAAGUAUAUGAAUUUCAGUAAAGACUCUGAGUCAAUAACUCUUACCUGGCCACCAGCACUGGGUAUAUUUGAUGGAUACAUCAUUACAUUGGCUUGCAAAAACUACAGCAAAGAAGAAAAGCUUUCUUCAGAUAUAAGGAAGCACAGAUUUGAUGGCCUUUCUUCAGGCACUGACUACUUUAUUAAAAUAGUUACUAAGAACAGAUUAAAGAGAAGCUUCCCCGCCACUUUAAAAAUCAGCACUUGUCCCGAUCCACCCUUAGAUUUACAGGCAUUUGGAAUAGAAGAGAACACAGUUUAUUUGUCAUGGGAAUUGCCCAACGGAAGCUUUGAUCAUUUUGAGCUUUCCCAUGGUUUGGCAACAAGCGUUGGUUUUCUUCAUACGACUGCAGUUCCUGUUGGCAGGGCUGUAGUGGAAAAUCUGAUGCCUGGCGUGGAAUACGUUUUUCAAGUAAAGACCAUUAAAGGAAAAGACUUUAGCGUGGCUGUGGAGAGAAAAGUCACUACAAAACCAAUGAAGAUAUGUGGUCUAACCUUAACACUGGUAAAUACUUCGUCUGCUACAUUAACAUGGAAUCCCAAGAAGACCAACUUUACCCAUUAUAAAGCGUCUGUAUCAAACAGUACAUUCACAAAGGAAUAUACUAUUUUAGGAACUCGGACACAUUACACCAUUACAGAUCUGACUGCUGGUGGGAUUUAUAAUUUCACACUACAAAGAGUAAAAGGGAGUGUUGAAAGUCCAGUUGCCUUUACUGAAAUCACUGCAGAGCCGGAAAAGCCACAGAAACUAAGAGUCUUCAACGUGUCGGCACAUUCCUUUUCUCUACAUUGGAGGCUGCCGCAUGGAUAUGUGGAAAGGUUUCAUGUGGUUCUCACACCUCCUCAUGGCUUUGUUUCUAUCCGAGAUGUGGGAGGUGGGGAGUAUCAGGCUGAUAUUUCUAGCACUACUCCUGGAACAGUGUACAAUGUGACUGUUUCUUCAGUUACCUCUUCGGUGUACAGCUCACCUGUCAGCAAAACAGUGACAACUAAUGUAACUAAUCCAGGACCUCCUGUUUUCCUUGCGGGGGAAAGAGUUGGAUCUGCAGGAAUUCUUCUCUCUUGGAACACACCACCACAUCCAAAUGGGAGGAUUAUAUCCUACAUUGUUAAAUAUAAAGAAGUCUGCCCUUGGAUGCAAAAUACUUAUACUCAGGUUACAACAAAGCCAGACAGUUUGGAAGUCCUUCUCACCAAUCUUAACCCUGGAACAACUUAUGAGAUUCAGGUUGCUGCUGAAAACAGUGCUGGCAUUGGAGUAUUUAGUGACCCAUUUCUCUUUCAAACUGCAGAAAGUGCUCCAGGUAAAGUGGUGAAUCUCACAGUUGAGGCUUUCAACUAUUCUGCUGUAAACCUGAUUUGGUUUCUACCUCGGCAGCCAAAUGGAAAAAUAACCAGUUUCAAAAUUAGCGUAAAGCAUGCAAGAAGUGGGAUAGUUGUGAAAGAUGUCUCUGUUAAAGUAGAGGACCUUCUGUCUGGAAGGCUACCAGAAUGCAAUGAUAACAGUGAAUCGUUUUUGUGGAGCACUACGACUCCCUCAACUACUCCUAGUAAAACUACUAUGUUGACCCCAAGUACAGUUGCUCCCAGCAAAAUGAUCUCUGUCUGGAAUGAACCUAUCAGUUUUGUUGUGACUAAUCUCAGGCCGUACACGACUUACCUUUUUGAAGUUUCUGCAGUUACCACUGAAGCAGGUUAUAUCGACAGUGCAAUUGUCAGGACACCAGAAUCAGUUCCAGAAGAUCCACCUCAAAACUUUGUUAAAGUCAACAUUACAGGAAAGUCUUUUUCAGUUUCUUGGGAGCCACCAACCAUUGUUACUGGAAAGUUUAGCUACAGAGUUGAAUUAUAUGGACCACUGGGCCAUAUUUUGGAUAAUAGUACAAAAGACCUCAAGUUUACUUUUACUAAUCUAAUACCAUUCACAACCUAUGAUGCUUUUGUCGCUGCUGAGACAAGUGCCGGGGUGGGGCCAAAGUCAAACCUAACUGUUUUCACUCCCGCAGGAGUUCCAGGACCUGUAUUUGAUUUGCAUAUGGCAGAGGUAUCUGCAACCUUUGUUCGAAUUGGUUGGAAGAAACCACAGCAACCAAAUGGAAUCAUCACUCAGUAUAGAGUAAAAGUUUCACUUGAGGACACAGGGGAAAUUCUUGAAGAUACAAUUCUAACAGAAAAAAUCAAGGAUUUCAUUGAAGCUUUGGAUCCAGACGUUUUAAAUGAGAAUACAGAACCAUCUUUCAUGUGGGAUGAAGUGGAAACAGUCACUGGUUCAUAUGAAGGUUCAGCUGAGAUGUUUCCAACAGUGCACAACUUUUCUCCAGUAAUAUUUACGAGCAUGUCUGAGGAUAAUUUGCCUAUUUUGAAUAGAGCUGCAGAACUACAUCCAGGUUCUGCUGAGCAGCUGUCCUAUCUUGUAAAUGGACUCCAGCCUUUCACUAAAUAUGCAAUUGAGGUGUCUGCUUUUACCAUUAUUGGAGAAGGACCACCAGCUCUUCUCAUUGCUAGGACAAGUGAACAAGUUCCAAGCUCAGUCGAAAAUAUCAAUUAUAAAAAUAUUAGUUCGUCCUCAGUUUUGCUUUAUUGGGAUAUACCAAUAAACCCCAAUGGAAAGAUCACACAUUACACAGUUUAUGCAAUGGAGCUGGAUACACAUAGAGCUUUUCACAUGACUACGUCAAAUAACAGCAUCUUGAUUACAGGUUUGAGAAAGUAUACAAAUUAUAAAAUGAGAGUAGCGGCUUCCACAACUAUAGGCGAAAGUGCUCUGUCUGAAGACAAUGAUAUUUUUGUGAGAACACCUGAGGAUGAACCAGGUUCACCACCCCAACAUGUCGAGAUAUUAGAAGUGACUGCUACAGAAAUAAGUUUAAGAUGGUCACCACCUGAGAAGCCUAAUGGGAUUAUAACUCAUUAUGAAGUCAUGUGUGAUGAUGCUAGUGCUUUAAUUCUGAGAAACACAACAGCAACAAAUCUUCUUUUAAAUGGCUUGAAACCAUAUACUCUGUACAAUAUUUCUGUAAGGGCAUUCACCCGCCUUGGGCAUGGGAAUCAGUCAUCUCCCCUGUUAUCUGUAAGAACGGCUGAUACCGUUCCCGAAUUCCCACCACAAAACGUAACUUAUAAGAAUAUCUCUUCUUCAGAGAUAGAGCUAUCAUUUCUUCCACCAUCUGUCCCCAAUGGGAUUAUAGAGACAUAUACCGUAUAUCUCAGAGAGACUGAUGGAACUGAUGAAAGAACCAUCAAUACCACACAUCUAUCACUAACUAUUACAGGCUUAAAAAUAUAUACAAGAUAUAUUGUUGAAGUAUCUUCAAGCACUGUAAAGGGUGAAGGUCCUCGCAGUGCUCCUUUGCACAUGUUGACUGAUGAAGAUGCUCCUAGCUCUCCUCCACGAUUGCUCACAGUAAAACAGUUGUCUGGUGUCAUUGUGAAGUUGUCAUGGCAACCACCACUGGAGCCAAAUGGAAUUAUCCUCUAUUACACAGUUUAUGUCUGGAAUAUAAUUUCAAGAAGAAGCAUUAAUGUAACAGAAACCUCAUUAGACAUCACAGAUCUUGAAAAUAAGAUGGAAUAUAGUGUUUAUGUAACAGCAAGUACCAGAUUUGGAGAUGGAAAUAUAAAGAGUGACAUGAUCAGCUUCAUUACCUCUGAAGGAGCUCCAAGUGACCCACCUAAAAAUGUGUGGUAUAAAAACCUUACUUCUUCAUCUGUACGAAUCUUCUGGGAUCCUCCUCAAAAGCCCAACGGAGUUAUACAGUUUUAUUCGAUUUACUACAAAAAUGAUUCAGACACUUACAUGCAGAAUUUUACCAGUUACGCUAUUGACAGUGGUGUCGACAAUGCAACUUUGUCUACGGUAUUAAGCAACUUGGCAAAAUGGAGCCACUACACACUUUGGUUAAGUGCUAGCACAGCCUUUGGAAAUGGAAACCAAACCAGUGAAAUCAUACAUUUGUACACAGAUCAAGACGUUCCAGAUGGACCUGUGGAACAGCUGGCCUAUCAAAACAUUUCUUCCACUGCUGUAAAUAUAAGCUGGAUGCCCCCAGCCCAACCUAAUGGAAUGGUCUUCUACAAAGUUUCCCUGACAAUGCAGGAUGCUCAAACGGACCAUGAGAUUCUGUCACUCAUUUUGAAUGAUACAAAUGUGGUUCUUCGUAAACUGGAAAAAUAUACCAGUUAUCUUCUAAAAAUCACUCCAGCAACAGAAAACGGAGUGUCUGAAAUGCACACUGCUAGCCUGCACAUCCGAACUGAAGAAGAUGUUCCAGAAUCUGCACCAAUUAUGACAUCUUAUAAAAACCUUUCAUCUACCUCAGUGAUGUUAUCCUGGGAUCCCCCAGCCCGGGCAAAUGGCAUCAUAAUAAGCUAUGUCUUAAAGCUGCAUGGACUAGAUCGAAAUGAUUCUUUCACUACUUCCAAUAACUCAGUUGUCUUAGAAGAUCUUUCACCAUUUGUACUCUAUAGUUUUUAUGUAUCUGCAAGAACUGGAAAAGGGCUCGGCCCAUCCACUGUUUUGAUGUUCUUCACAGAUGAGUCUGUUCCACUGGCUCCUCCUGAGAACCUGACAAUUGCCAAUUACACAUCUAAUUCUGUAUGGCUGAAAUGGAAUCCAAGCCCUCAACCAAAUGGUGUUAUUCAAAGAUACGUUUUUAACAUUUUGGAUAACUGCAGUCAAACUACAUUUUAUCAGAACAUUUCAGGUUCACACAAUGAAGCUAAUAUUCUUGGACUAGAACCGUUCAACACUUACUUCAUCAGUGUUUCUGCAUUCACAAAAGUUGGAAACGGCAAUCAAUUCAGCAAUCUUGUUCAGCUGACCACAAUGGAAUCAGCUCCAGAUAUUGUCCAGAAUAUCCAAUGUACUGCAACCAGUUGGCAGUCAGUCCUAGUCCAGUGGGACCCUCCUUUGAAGACGAAUGGGAUUAUUACCCAUUACAUCAUAACAUUUGGAAAGAAUUCAACAAUCCUGUCUUCUGAUAAUGAAACAGUGCAUACUUUCAGAGACUUGUUAUCAAAUACCUCUUACCAGUUUAAAAUACAGGCUGUGACAGCUGCCGGGGAUGGAAAAGAGCAGCUAUGCAAUGCCAGCACAUUUCCAGAAACAGCUCCCAGCGCUCCCAGAGAUAUUUCGUUUUCAAGCAUACAAUCAACAAGUGUGACCUUGAGAUGGAGAAUGCCAGUUACUAUCUUUGGCUACUUUCAAAACUACAAGAUUACUGCGCAGUUACGAUCUAUCCAUUGCAACAACUGGGAAGCUGCUGAAUGUAUUGAAUAUGAGCAGGAGCAAUAUUCAUAUACUGUUGGCACUUUGUCAGAGGAAACAGUCUAUGACCUGAAAAAAUUUAGAUGGUAUAGAUUUAGAGUUUCUGCUAGUACGAAUGCUGGUUUUGGUACCUCUUCACCAUGGAUUUCUACACAAACUCUUCCUGGCUUUCCAGAUGCUCCUCCUGAAAAUGUAACUGUGGUAGUUACAUCUCCUUACAGUAUUAAUAUUAGCUGGAGUGAGCCUGUCAUCAUUACUGGACCAACAUUUUACCUCAUCGACAUUACCUCAGUAGAUACUGAUGACUAUAAAGCUUCAUUCAUCAAAACAAACGAUGAGGACAAAAACCUUGAUGUUUCAGGUUUAAGGGCAUUUACAAGGUAUUCUGUAGUGGUCACUGCUUUUACUGGAGAUAUCCAUGCUGCACAUAUUGAAGGCAAAUCUAGCCCUGCAGUCAUUGUUUCCACUUUUGAAGCAGUGCCCAGAGACCCACUUAACAACAUAACAUUUCAGAAGAUACCCGAUGAAGUAACAAAAUUUCAAGUGACGUUUAUAUCACCAUCUGAACACAGUGGAAAUAUUCAAGUAUAUCAGGCAAUGGUAUACAAAGAAGAUGACCCAACUUUCUUCCAGAUCUAUAAUUUAAGUGUUAUUGACAGGACAAACAAGUCAGUCACUGCUUUGAUAGAGGGACUAAAAGGGGGACAUACAUAUAAUAUCAGUGUUUAUGCAAUCAAUGGUGCUGGUGCAGGGCCAAAGAUCCAACUUAAAAUCACAACAGACAUUAAAGAACCACCAAGGCCUAGUAAGAAGCCAGUUCCCGUUUAUGAUACCAGUGGAAUGCUUGUCACUGCUACAACAAUUACUAUUCGUAUGCCAGUUUGCUAUUAUAAUGAUGACCAUGGACCCAUCAAGAAAAUACAAAUUCUUGUUGCAGAAGCUGGAGCUCAGCAUGAUGGCAAUGUAACCAAGUGGUAUGAUGCCUACUUCAGAAAACCAAGACCGUAUUUUGUAAAUGAGGGCUUUCCAAACCCACCAUGUGCAGAAGGAAAUGAAGGGCUGAGCAGCAAAGAUGAUGUAUAUGUAAUUGGGGCUGAUAGUACAUGUAUGAUACCAGGCAGUGAAGAAAAAAUCUGUAAUGGCCCACUGAAGCCCAGGAGACAGUACUUAUUUAAGUUCAGAGCUACAAAUAUAAAAGGACAAUUUACAGAUUCAGACUACUCUGAUCCCAUCAAAACUUUAGGUGAUGGGCUUUCCGAAAGAGCUGUAGAAAUAAUACUUGCAGUUACAUUGUGCAUACUAUCUGUAAUUCUCCUUGUGGCUGCAAUUUAUGCUUUUGCAAGAAUUCGACAAAAGCAAAAAGAAGGAGGCACAUACUCUCCACGGGAUGCAGAAAUUAUUGACACCAAAUUCAAACUAGAUCAGUUGAUCACAGUGGCAGACCUGGAAAUGAAGGAUGAGAGAUUUACACGAUAUUCCUCCUUUUUCUUUAGACGCAAGGAGAUAUUUGUCAUCCAGUUACUUAGUUAUAGAAAAUCCAUCAAGCCCAUAGGCAAGAAAUGUUUUCUACAACACGUUGAAGAGCUUUGUACAAACAACAACCUAAAGUUUCAGGAAGAAUUUUUGGAACUUCCCAAGUUUCUUCCAGAUCUUGCCUCAGCUGAUGCUGAUCUUCCUUGGAACAGGUCUAAAAACCGUUUUCCCAACAUCAAGCCAUAUAACAACAACAGAGUGAAGCUGAUGCCUGAUGCUAGCAUACCUGGAUCGGAUUACAUCAAUGCUAGUUAUGUGUCUGGCUAUUUAUGUCCAAAUGAAUUCAUUGCUACUCAAGGACCAUUACCAGGCACAGUGGGGGAUUUCUGGAGAAUGGUAUGGGAAACAAGAGCAAAAACCCUUGUUAUGCUUACUCAGUGUUUUGAAAAAGGACGGAUAAGAUGUCAUCAAUACUGGCCUGAAGACAACAUACCAGUGACUGUGUUUGGAGAUAUAGUGAUUACCAAAUUAGUAGAAGACGUUCAAAUAGACUGGACCAUCAGGGAUUUAAAGAUUGAAAGGCAUGGGGAUUGUAUGAUGGUACGUCAGUGUAACUUCACAGCCUGGCCUGAACAUGGAGUACCUGAAACGACUGCAUCAUUAGUCCAUUUUGUAAAGCUGAUCCGUGCUAGCCGAGCACAUGAUAGCACACCCAUAGUUGUUCACUGCAGUGCUGGAGUUGGAAGAACGGGAGUUUAUAUCGCCCUGGACCAUUUAACACAGCAUAUAAAUGACCAUGAUUUUGUGGAUAUCUAUGGUCUUGUAGCUGAGCUGAGAAGUGAAAGGAUGUGUAUGGUACAAAAUCUGGCACAGUACAUAUUUUUGCACCAGUGCGUUUUGGAUUUAUUGACAAUCAAGAGGAGCAGUCAGCCUGUGUGUUUUGUUAAUUAUUCAGUACUGCAAAAGAUGGACUCUUUUGAUGCCAUGGAAGGUGAUGUGGAAUUAGAGUGGGAAGAAACCACCAUGUAAAAAAACAGAUAAAAACCUUACGUUUUGAGAAACAACUGUUUUGGGUUUUUUAAAAAAUAAAAAAAUCAAUAAUUCAGGGGCCAAAACAAACCCCCCUCUUACAAUGAACUAACAGCAAAUAUUAAUUUUUGUAAGAAUAAUAAUGUUAUAGUUUAUACUCUAUUUAUGUGCCUUCAUAAAUACUAUAAAUUAUUAAAUGAUACUUUUGUACAGAGUUUAGUCCUGUUGUUAUAACAAAAUUGUUAUAUGUAUUGGGUGCAGUCCAGCAAUGGCUAAUCACAAAUAAGUCCCAUUGAUAGCCAUAGAAUGUAAGCAUUUAACUGUAUGCUGUGAUCCGUAUCCAGCUAAAUUAUGCUUGCAGAAGCCAGCACAUAGCUUCCCAUCAACACAAUGGAAGCCCCCAUUCCCAUGUGUGCCCAAUGGCAUCCCCAAAUCUGUUCUGUAGGGUUGAGGGAAGUCCCAGAACAGAUUUAGGGUGCACACGGUGGGAGAAGAAAGGGGGAGAAGAAGGUUACGUCGCACAAGAAAAAUCCUUCUGCUUACAGAACCCUAGCCUUAGUGUUACAUUGAAUACAACCCUUUCUCUCACUAAUUUCCUUGUGAUUUAGGGACUAACUAGGCAUUACAAGAGACACUUAAGCGGCUGCUGUUUCAUGUCCCUUUCUCUCCUCUUCUCAGUAACACCUAGAAUAAUAUAACUCAUAAUAUAACAUCACCACUGCUGUACAUUUCCAUGCUUCCAACACUCAGUUCUGUGGAUGAAGCAAUACACAGUGCAGUGAUAAUGCAUUGUAACCUGGGGGUCAUACAGUGAAUCUGACUGGCAGGAGAUGCAGAAUAGAUAAGCACUUCUUCGCACAGAUCAUAGUUAAACUGAUUUUUGCUGCCACAUAAUGUGGCAGUGGCUACUCGCUCAGAUGGCUUUAAAAGGAGGAUAGACAAAUUCUUAGGUGAUAACUCUACCAGUGGCUAGAAAUUAGGGUGGGUAUAUGCCAUCUGUACUUGCUGGUGAGCAAUGGCAAGCAAAGGCCUUGUGCCCUUCGUGUGGGAUUCUCAGAGGAAUCUGGUUGAAACAAUAUGGUAGCUCAGACAGGCCUUCCACCUUUCCUGAUCACCCUGCAGUGCUGCUUUUAUGUGUUAUACAGCAGCACAACCAGACACCUUCCUCUGCCCCAGCUGCAACAAAACAUUUCUCUCCCAUAUUGGUCUCAGCAGCCACAACAUUAUAUAUGAGCUUUCACCCAAUGUAAAAGCCAAUUCUUGAACUGUAGUGGGAUAUAGUGCAUUUCCAAGUUAAUUGCUUCUGGGGAGGGGAUCUAUUUGCAAAUAAUAUGAAAAAGAAUGCUAAACUUGCACUAUAUUGCCACUAGAAGUGUACAGAUAAAAUAUUUUACCAUGCUCACCUUAAAAAACAUAAUGACCACAAUCCUGCAAUACUGAUACAUGUGGUUUUAUGCCCAUUAAUUUCAGUUGGCUUUAAUGUGCAUCACUCUGCCCACUUUGGGGCACAGUUCUGAAGCAUCUACUCCAGUGAUGGCCAAACUUGGCCCUCCAGCUGUUUUGGGACUACAACUCCCAUCAUCCCUAGCUAACAGGACCAGUAGUCAGGGAUGAUGGGAAUUGUAGUCCCAAAACAGCUGGAGGGUCAAGUUUGGUCAUCACUGAUCUACUCCAUGUACCUACACACAGUCCUAUGAGUGUACACAUGAGCAGAUUAUUUCAGAAUUGCAGCCGCGAGUCCGAAUCCAAAAAUGGCAACCUAUCCACCAAAGCAGGCUUCCACAUACGUAGCAGGAUCCUUGCAUGCAAAUGGGGCAUGAAUCCAAUCUAUGCCUUUCAUUGAUAGGCUUAUUUUAGUCCCGAUGUGGAUUAACAUACAUCCAAAUGAUACACUACUGAAAGCAACAGACAACUUAUUUUGAAAGUGUGUCUAAUAUUUCUUUGCUCUCUUGUUAACUGGUAAGUUUAAAGAAACCUGCUUUUGUGCGUGGAUCACAUCUUUGGAUCAGGGCCUAUAACCUUCCUUUGAGGAAAUGCUCUGGACACAUUCCGCAUACCUCUAAAUUACUAUAGGAUAAUACAUGUCUAAAUGAGCCAAAUGUGAUGCAGAGCAUUCGUAUUCCUCAGGUGUAUAUAAUUCAGUGUGCAGAUCUGCUCUCCUAUUUGUGGUUGAUUGUGAGGGAAAGCUACCAUCCCAUAAACUCAGUUGACUUAAGAGGAUGGGGUUGAUUGAAGUAAGAUGACUUCCAGGAUUAUCAUAACAUUUCCCUAAAUGUAUGCUCUUCUGUUUUGACUCUUUGUUUUAUGGGAGUUGAAAUAUUAUCUUAUGAUCCUGAACAGCUGAAAACUCACCCCUCUGACACUGUGGAGAUUUUUCAGCUUUUAUUCGGCACACAGUAGCUUUUCAGGGACACUCGGGGCUAUUUAACCCAUCGUGGAAUGACGACCAGAGAUUAUUGGUUUUCUUGUUCCGUUUUGCAAUGCAUUUGGUAAUUGUACAUGCUUGGUGAUUAAAAAAACAAACACUGUCUCACAUUCCUAAUUUUCUAAUGCUGUAAAAUAAAUAAAUAAAGUUUUACAUUUUAUUAUACAAUAUAAUUCUCAA